CUUUUCCACUCUAUGCAUUCGUAUCUAGUGCCUUUGUAAUUUUAUGGAUCACCGAAGUAUUCUCCAAUCUCAGUUUGGUAUACCGAGGAUAUUGUAGUACCUUGAGUCCAGAGUAUCAUCUUUGUAAUGCUUAUAUCACUACCAAUAUAUUAGGAUGGAUGGUUUUAAUUUCAUUUGCUUUUACCACAGGAUUUUCUUGGAAAGUUUAUAAGGAUGAAAAGAAUCGAGUAUAUCAAACAAAAGAAUUUGGAAUCGAGACUAAUAAUAAAAUGAAUAGUAUUCCUCAAAAACUGCAACCACAAUUUUGGGAAAAACAAUAG